AUGUCCGAAAUCUCUCCGUCUAGUCGCGCCGACGAGGUGCAGACGCUCUUGAAAGCCGUCGAGGACCUUCUCAUUCCCUUCAUCCGAUCCGCAGACGAACCCUCGAUCCCCGCGAACAAGACCCAGAACGGCACCAAUGGACAUCCGGCCUCGGAAGGAACAUCACUAGUCAACUACAGAAAGCCAGAAGACCUGAGGGAUAUUCUCCAAUUAGAAAUCCCCGAGCAAGGCCGCAAGCAGGAGGGCUUGAUCGAAGUUUUGCAAAAGGUCCUGAAGUACUCGGUCAACACUUGGCACCAGGGCUUCCUGGACAAGUUGUAUGCGUCAACAAACGCCCCCGGUGUCGCAGCCGAGCUGAUCCUUGCAACCUUGAACACCAACGUACACGUCUAUCAAGUCUCGCCUGCCCUCACGGUCAUUGAGAAGUUCACCGGUCAGCGACUCGCAAACCUCUUCGGAUUGAACGGUCCUCGCGCGGGAGGUAUUUCAGUCCAGGGUGGCUCGGCCUCGAACACUACGUCCAUUGUCAUUGCUCGCAACAACCUCUACCCGGAAACUAAGACGGAUGGAAACGGCGGGUACAAAUUUGUUCUCUUCACCAGCGCCCAUGGCCACUACAGCGUUGAGAAGGCUGCUCAGAUGCUGGGAUUCGGUAGCAAGGCCGUCUGGCCCGUACCAAUCGACAAGCAGGGUCGCAUGAUCCCAGCUGAGUUGGAGAAACUGGUGCAGAAGGCGCAAAGUGAAGGCCGAACACCGUUCUACGUCAACGCCACGGCCGGUACAACGGUCAUGGGCUCGUUCGACCCUUUCAACGAAAUCGCCGUCAUCUGCCAGAAAUAUAACCUGUGGUUCCAUAUCGAUGGAUCCUGGGGCGGUUCGUUCAUUUUCUCCCGCAAGCAGAGAAAUAAGCUGGCAGGUUCAGAGAAGGCAAACAGCAUUGCGAUCAACCCACACAAGAUGCUCGGCGUACCGGUGACAUGCUCGUAUCUGCUAGCUGCGGACAUUCGCCAAUUUCACCGGGCCAACACUCUCCCUGCAGGCUAUCUCUUCCACAACGAGGAUACCGAGCCAACUCAGAACGGUGACUCGCACGAGUCCGAACUAGAGAUCGACUCGCCCGAGGUGUGGGAUCUCGCAGACCUAACCCUCCAAUGUGGUCGUCGCGCAGACUCGCUAAAACUCUUCCUGGGAUGGACAUACUACGGAACUGAGGGGUAUGAGAAACAGAUCGAUAACGCAUGUGAAGUUGCCGCACACCUAGCUACGCUCGUCUCGCAAAACCCCAACUUCACCCUCGUUAGCGAGAACCCGCCCCCCUGUCUGCAGGUUUGCUUCUACUACGCACCGGGCAAGGGAAUGGUGUACCCGCGAGGUGUCGUCUCGAAUGAGACGCAGCGGGCAAAGAAUAAUAGCAAGGUUACUGAGCAGAUUACGCAUGCGAUUGUGCGAAAGGGCUUCAUGGUCGACUUUGCUCCUCCUAGUGGCGAUGACGAUGAAGUUGGAAAUGGCAAGUUCUUCCGCUGUGUGGUCAAUGUAUUGACUAGCAAGGAGACGGUCGAGAAUCUUGUGCGUGCUAUUGAGGAGGUUGGUCCUGCAAUUGUGGAGUCUUUGACGGCAGCUACUCCGGUCGUUCCUCUCAAGCGACCUGGCGAGCAUGGACACGGUCCCGUUGUUCAUCCCCGUUGA